CUGAGCAUGCCCAGCGCGGCCUCCAAGGGCUGCCAGGGAGGUGCCGCGAGGGGCUGCGCCGCUCCGCCGCUCGGUGGCUCCGCCGUUCCGGGUUUUCGUGGCGGCUGCAGAAAGAGCGAGGGAAGCAAGAGGGAAAAGCACAGUCCAACCCCCAGCGGCUCGGCGGAGAGGCGAGGUGGGAGCGGGUGCGCGCUGGGGCGGGGCCUGGGCGGGGCCGGGAAAGCCCCGCCCCUGUCUGAAGGGGACCUGGCUGCCGCGCUCUCACCGGCCGGGAACCGUGUUCAGUCACUCAACAAUUGUGGAGCCCUACUGCGACCGGCCCGAUCCUGGACGCCGAGACACCCGCACUGCACCAGAAAACAUGGUCCUAGUCCCAGGAGCGGACAUUCCAGAAACAGACCAUAAAUAAACACAGAAGACACACGAGUGUAAAGUCAGUGCCCCGCUGCGCAUUCAAUCGGGGUGAUGUGAUGGCGAGCGAGUGGGUAGCUAAUUCGGAUGGCUUGGUGAGACAAGGCCUCGCUGAGCAGGUGCCACUGAAGCCGAGGUCUGAAGGCAGAGCAGGAACCUGCGGGCGAAGGUCGCUAUCCGAACCGCGAAUCGCCGGUUUCCCUGGGGAGGUUGGCCGCGGAAGGAUCACUUUUCGAAGGACCGAGGGAACAGACGCUGUAGGUCUUUUCGUCAGGGAUGCCCUCCCGCAUCAUAGUGCCCCGGGAGGGCAGUGAGAAAGAGACGGAAGAGAGGGCGGGGACCCCGAAGGGCCGAGGGCUCCCUGGGGUCCAGGACCGAAGGCGCCCUGGGGUCCAGUCCCGGGGCUGGCGGCUGCGGGCUUGGCCUCUAGGUGCGGGCGGAUAACAAAACCCGGCGCCGGAUCGCCCGGGCGGGAUCACGGGCGCCGCAGGAUGUGGGCAGAAGGCCUGCCUGUUCCAAGCCUUAAAUCAACACCUGCGGUUCCCGGGGGUGCCACCGCUGGGGCUCGCAGCAAGGCUCCGCGGCGUUAGGCCCGAGAAACCGAAACUCCCCUAGUCCCCCCUGCCCCCCAGCUCUCGCGCCAUUGCCUCCAGCCCCGAGCCACCAUUGUUUCCAGUGCCAAAUCGGGCAGACCCGCUAGCCUCCGGGGCCGAACCGCCAGGGGCCCCGUGAGCCCGGAGGAGGCUCUUCGGGGACGGCUUCCUUUUCCCCCUCUUCGUCUGCGCAUCGCCACCACCCCUCGCUGCAGAGGCCGCCGCCCUCCCAGCGCGCCACCACCGCUUCCUCUGCCUCUUCCCCUCCCUUAGCCCCGGCCCCUGCAUUGACUUGGCUCGGGCUGCGGCUCACUGCGCCUGCCAACUGUCACACGCUCCGAGGCUGUCAACAGCGGGGCGCCAGGGACAAACAAGCCGCGGCGAGCGCAAACAGCCUGCGCAAACAGGGACGGCCAGGGUGUUGUUUGACCAGCACUAGAAUUGGAAACUAGGUUUCGAAGAAGUCAAGUCGAAGUACAAUAUUGUAUUUUAAACUGUUGUUAUUACAUCCCUCACAAUCCACGCUUUACUUGAAACUUCCAGUGCAUACCAACUGCACUUAGAAGAAAAAAUGAAACUCCUUGCCUAACUCUGGGACCUCAUCAGCACAUUCUCACCAUGUUUUGGUCACAGAGGCCUUCAUGCUGUUCCUGGAAAUCGCCAAGUUCCACCCAUCAUUGUUAAUCAUUCCUUUUGCUCGCUCCUCGCACAAGAACUGUUUCUUCUGCUUAGUACUUUGCCUACUGAUUCCAUCUUGUCAUUUAAAUCUCAGCUCAAAUGUCACCUCUGCAAAGAACCAUUGUCUGACCAUACAUCUGAAAUAGCCACACUCUAUAAAGACUUGGCCUUGCUUUAUUUCCUUCUCAGCACUCAACACUGUCUGAAACAAUGUUUUGGAUUUGUUGUGUAUUAUCAGUCUCCCUCUCAAGAAUGCAAACUUUGUGAGGGUAGGGUCGUAAUCUUUUUUAAAGCUGUAUCCCCAAUGCCUGGGUAAGUAUACAAUAAAUAAUUUUUUCAUGAAUAAGUGAAGGA